CUCAGUUGCUGCGCAGCUCUCCGGAGAGGGACGGGAAGGUGCCGCGGGACACACAGCAGCAGGAGGCGCAGGCCCCAGCCGCCGCUCUAGCUCCCGCCCCCUCGAACUGCGAGGCUCCGCCCCCUCCCCCGGCCGCAGCAGACACCGAGCGACAGAGCCAGAGCCGGGGCCGCCACCACGAAGCGCCGCAGCCCGUUAUUGAAAUCAUGAAUCCUGUUUAUAGCCCUGGAUCUUCUGGGGUUCCCUAUGCAAAUGCCAAAGGAAUUGGUUAUCCAGCUGGUUUCCCAAUGGGCUAUGCAGCAGCUGCCCCGGCCUAUUCCCCCAACAUGUACCCAGGAGCAAAUCCUACCUUCCAAACAGGUUAUACACCAGGAACACCAUAUAAAGUAUCCUGUUCACCCACCAGUGGUGCAGUGCCACCUUAUUCUUCAUCACCCAACCCCUACCAGACUGCUGUGUAUCCGGUUCGAAGUGCCUAUCCACAGCAAAAUCCAUAUGCACAGCAAGGCACUUACUACACGCAGCCUUUAUAUGCAGCACCACCCCACGUAAUCCAUCACACCACAGUUGUGCAGCCUAAUGGCAUGCCAGCAACUAUGUAUCCUGCUCCAAUUCCACCACCAAGAGGAAAUGGUGUGACUAUGGGAAUGGUGGCUGGGACCACUAUGGCAAUGUCAGCAGGUACUUUGUUGACAACUCAUUCCCCAACUCCAGUCGCCCCUCAUCCAGUUACUAUGCCCACAUAUCGGGCUCCAGGAACACCAACCUAUAGCUAUGUGCCCCCACAGUGGUGAUUAUUCUGGCAGCGUUUGAAGAUGGGAGAUAUGCAAUCAAGUAAUUGAGGUUUAAAAGUUGGUGCUGAAGCCCUCAUGCCUCCAACCAGGACUUUCUUUCUUCUGAAUGCUUUCAACACUUUGCUAAACACUACUAAUUCCAGAUCACUGAAGAUUUUUCCAGUGCUGCAUAUCUUACAUCUUGGAACUCCAGCAGUUAGUCUUAAAGCAAAUCCUGUUUUGUGGACUGUCUUGCAAUUUUUUAGCUAAUUAUAAUGAUAAAAAAGGGAGUAUAAACUUAUUCUGAUCCAUAUCUAGUUGAAUGCAUGUU